AUGAAGUGGACUCUUUCCCGCAAAGAGAAUGGACAGAUUAAGAAAAUGAAGCAGAUGCCAGUUAUGGUGCAGCUGGACCCCGAGUUGGCCAAGAGGCUCUUCUUUGAAGGCGCCACGGUCGUCAUCCUGAACGUGCCCGAGGGCACCGAGUUCGGCAUUGACUACAACACCUGGGACGUCGGCCCCCGCUUCCGCGGAGUCAAGAUGAUCCCUCCAGGCAUCCAUUUCCUCCACUACAGCUCUGUCAGGGGAGCUAGUAGCCGGGAAACAGGGCCGCGCACAGGUUUCUUCCUAAGCCUGCAGCAGCGAGACUUGCGGGUGCUGCGCUGGAACCCCACCAACGAGGAAGUGGAUCUUACGCCGGCAGUCCAGGAGGAGACUGAAGCCAUGAGAGGAAAUCUGCAGGAGAUGGACAAGUUUCUUGGGCCCUAUCCGUAUGAGACCCUGAAAAAAUGGAUUUCCCUCACCAACUUCAUCAAUGAGUCGAUGAUGAAGAAGCUGCAACCAGAGAGUGGGCAGAUCUGUGCCUUUUCAGAAGUUCUCCCUGUGCUGGCUGGGAAGCACACCAAAGACCGUGCUGAACAGAACUUGCCCCCUUAUGACACAGAAUGCAAGAGCUAUGCUGAAGGUAUGGCACGGCUGCCCAAGAUGAAACUGAAAGCUGGCACUGAGAUCAGAUUCACAGAGCUGCCAAAGCAGAUGUACCCCGAUGGUGCUACUCCUGAGGAGAUAACCAGGCAUAGCAUGGACCUUAGCUAUGCUCUAGAAAAAGUGAUUGAUCAGCAGUACUCCAGCCAACCUCAGGAUUUGCUUGCUGAGUUGCAAUUUGCUUUCAUCUGCUUCCUGAUUGGGAAUGUGUAUGAUGCAUUCGAGCACUGGAAAAGACUCUUAAAUAUCCUGUGUCGAUCUGAAGAUGCCAUAGGGAAGUAUCAAGACCUUUACACCAAUCUCAUUUCUGUGCUGUAUCACCAGCUCAAUGAAAUCCCAGCUGAUUUCUUUGUGGACAUUGUCUCCCAGGACAACUUUUUAACCAGCACCUUACAGGUGUUCUUUUCUUACACAUGCAGUGCUGCCAUUGACAGGACACUAAGGAAUAAAGCUGAAAAAUUCAAGGCUCACCUAACAAAGAAAUUUAAAUGGGACUUUGAGGCAGAGCCUGAUGACUGUGCUCCUGUAGUGGUGGAGCUUCCUGAAGGAGUGCAGGUGGACUAAGCUAAGUGCUCACUUAGGAACAAACAGCUAUUUUAAAUAACUUUUUCUCCACAACCUCCCUAACCUUGCCGACUUCCUAGAGCCUGCUUCUCCAGCUGAUUCCUCUUCCUGAUACGGAAGCAGAUGUGAAAACCACGGAGCCAUUCCACACUUGGUGAGACCAGAAUUAUUGGAGCUGUUCAAAUGUUGCCAUGUGGCAUCAGCGGUUACUUUGGACACCUCAUUUUUUCUAGUUCUUUUGCAGCAACUGCUCAUUUUAUGCUCAGCCAGACUACUAGAUCCCUGGUCUCUUCCAUCUUCCUUGGGUGAGAGGUGACACCCUGUUCUGAGAACAACUGUGUUUUAGACUUGAAGCCUUUGAAAGCUGCUCCCGUUUGAUGCCUCCAGAAUGAGGAGCGUAAGCUCACGUGACUGAUCAUCACAGCUUUCUGCAGCCUGACCCCAAGCUAUGCAGCAUGAAAUUCUGCUCUUCCUAGGCUUGCAUUACAGGAAUAUAAUCAGAAUUUAUGCUGCUUAAUAUGAUUUAUUGCAAUGGCAUGUUGUGGAGGAGGACUCAAAGCCGCAGCAGAACUCCUCCCAUUCUGUACCCCUAAUACUGAGGUAUCUUAUUCCUCCAAUUCUGUUUAAAAGCCUUUUAUAUUCACUGCUGACACUGUUGAGCCUGAUUUAAAAGAAUAUUAACAGUCUGGUAACAAGAAAUACAGUCACUGAACAGUAGCCAUCCAGGUUUCAAAACAGAAAACAGUCAGAGUGAGAUAAAAGGUCAGACUUCCGCAUGAACUGGGCCCUUCUGUCUUGUUAUAAUCGGAAAUCUUAAGUAUUUUCACUGGUGCCAGUUUCUCCUUUCUCCUUAUUCCCUCAGGUAGGCUGUGUGAGAACUUGGUGCUCAUUCAGAGCUUUGGAAACAUUGUAGAAUGACUUUAGUGUAUUAGCAGCAUUCCUGUUGUGUUAUCUCAUAACAAGUACUCUGGAAUGUAUAAGCACUAAGCAUUUUUCCCCCCUGCCCCCUUUCCCUUCCCGGAAGGAGAAUCCCUGCUGUGUAGGGAUUUGGUCCUUCAGCUUGCUUGUUGCUUUCUAGGUUAUUAGACUCCUUCAGGAAUUUGUCUUAUGCAUGUCUAACAAGAUGUGCUGUUUGUUAGUCUUUUAUAGUUCAAAAUAAAUCUCUUGGCCUUUUGUCCAGAAAAUGUCUGUACAAAUUGUUUGUUAUUUAGCUAAAGCUUAUAGCACUAUAGUACUGCCCUGUAGCUCUCAUUAGGAUGUCCAGGGACUCCAGAAGUAACAUAGCAAUGAUAUCCAUGACAUCCAAGGACAGCUCAUAGUAAAAUGGUACAUGGUGUUGCAUGAUGCAGAGUACAGCAUAUUCUGGAAGGAGGUAUGUGAUGAUGUGUUCCCAAAUAGUCAGGUACUUGUUACAGGAAUCAGCUGUUGGAAACCACAGUCAACUGCCUUAUUGCUAUCUUCUUCCCUUCCUCAAGGACUCUGUAUGCUUCAUUAUUCCAGUGUCUUGAUUUGUCUAUUUUAAAUAGACUCGGUAUUGACCACAGGCACUUAGGGGACGUUACUCCGAUUUGACUGGUGCUACUAUUAACAAAGUGUCUUGCACUUAAAUCUUUGCACAAUUUGUUGUCCUAAACACCCUUGAAGUUUUUUAUUUCAUAGCUUCACUAUGUUCUCUUGUCUUUGUGUUCUUCAUUUGUAUAUAUCCAUAGGGGGUGCUAUCUUUGCAGUUGCUGUUUGGACAAAUUGUUUGUAAUCAGUGUUCCCAGCUUUGAUGAAAGAUUCCUUUUUGGCUUAUUGGCUUUUUUGCACCAUUCUGAUGACUAGUUUUGUUGCUUUGGAGCAGAACACCAAUUACUGAUAUAAGUAGUAAAGGUAGCAAGGAGCCUAAGGGCCUUCCUGUCUGGAAGGGAGACAGGAAGAAUAACGCUCUGUAGAAGAGCCUUUCCCUGGCCACAGACCAGGCUGGCUAGCCAAAGUCAGUGUAUUACAGGCUGUUCUGGCAGUGCUCCCACGUGUUUGCUUGAUGGGUUAAUUUGAGUGCGUCUUCAUUAAAUCUCAAAAACAGUAACUGAAUGUUAAUUUCCAAAAUGUAUAACAAUCAGGUUCCCAUGAUGAGCUACACAUCUAGUAACUGAGAGAAGAGAUUGUAAUUGUCCCUCCACUGUAUUUUUUUCUUUUUUUUUUCACUUUCCUUUUUGCAAGGUUAUAAUGGGGAGGGGAAUAAUAUCUCUUAUUAGACGCAUGAAAUAGCUGGCAAAGAAACAGGCCUUUGGGGAUACAGUCCCUUUGUUAGAUGUGAAACAGAAGCAGCAAACUUUCAUCCAAACGUAGAUUGAGAUCAGUUGCUCAGACUUCAACUUAUUGAUGGGAAUCAGUUGGACACUUUGAGAGAAAAAGGAGGUUGGCACAUGUGAGCCAACACAAGGGGUGUGCUAACACAGGGGGAGGUCGUGAAUUUGGGAGGAG